AUUAGUUGCUUAGCUAGUCAAUUUGACCGUUAAUGAGCCAGUUAGCUGGUUAGGCAGGUAGCGAGGCAGUUAGUCGGGCGAAACGACCCUCUCGCUCGCUCACUCGGCAAGUCCCUCAUUGACUUUGGAGUUAGUUCGUUAACCAGUUCAACACAUUUGUAAAGAAAUGCCGCCCAAGUUACGCAUACAUUUGACAAGAUAACGUGAUGGAAGAAUUCAACCAUGUGGACAAAAGUAUUGGGACGGACGCCCACGGGAAGUGACCGGUUAGCUUUGAGACCGGGAAGCCUUACGUCUCAGGAGACUUUUUGCUCCAUUUUUUUAAAAUCACAUCGAUGCUCACGGAUGCGCCUUCUACUGACGGUUCUUCCGCACCGACCUCAUCCGAGCGCGGUUUUUUUUUUUUUUGCCCAAAAGACGACUUGGGUGUGGAGAAAAGGAAGUCGCUCAAAUUUUUCCGCUACUACCAGCGCAGGAUUGUAAAAAAAAAAGUCACCAUUCUGAGUUGAUCCCGAGAUGGAGCGCCCCAAUACUUUUGACCGGCGUGUCCCAAGUCAAGUUCUGUCAGACUUCACGGCGGCCGAGAAGUUGGAGCUGGAGAACAUCAAGAUGCACAAGGAAGGACUUCUGGAGGACAUACAGAAGCUGAAGGAGGAGAUUGACAGCGUCAUGGCCGAGAUUCUCGACUUUGAGUUGGCUGAGACGGAGGAAAGCAGAAACAUGGGAAGGAGACAGUUUUCCAAUGGCAAGAAGAAAUUCAACAUGGACCCCAAGAAGGGCAUCAAUUACCUGGUGGAGAACAAGCUACUGGAGAGAAGCGCCGGAUGCAUUGCCGACUUCCUCUUCAAGGAGGAGGGCCUCAACAAGACAGCCAUCGGGGAGUUCCUGGGAGAAAGAGACGAGCUGCACCUGCAGACCUUGAAGGCCUUUGUGGAACUUCACGAGUUCUCCGACCUCAACUUAGUCCAGGCGCUCAGGCAGUUUCUGUGGAGUUUCCGGCUGCCCGGCGAGGCCCAGAAGAUUGACCGCAUGAUGGAGGCAUUCGCCGCGAGAUACUGCGAAUGCAACGUAAAUGUCUUCCAGUCAACUGACACGUGCUACAUCCUGUCGUUCGCCAUCAUCAUGCUGAACACCAGCCUGCACAACCCCAACGUGAAGGACAAGACCACGCUGGAGCGAUUUGUGUGCAUGAACAGAGGCAUCAACAACGGGCGCGACCUCCCCGCGGAGCUGCUUUCGGUAAAUGCGCCGAAACUGUACGAGAGCAUCCGCAAGGAGCCGUUCAAGAUUCCCGAGGACGACGGCAACGACCUGACGCACACGUUCUUCAACCCCGACCGGGAAGGAUGGCUCCUUAAGCUGGGCGGCCGAGUGAAGACGUGGAAGAGGCGAUGGUUCAUUCUGACCGACAACUGUCUCUACUACUUUGAGUACACCACCGACAAGGAGCCCAGAGGCAUCAUCCCGCUGGAGAACUUGUGCGUCCGAGACGUCCCUUUCCCCCGCAAGCCUUACUGCCUGGAGCUGUACAACCCCAACAGUCGGGGUCAGAAGAUCAAAGCGUGCAAGACGGAGACGGACGGCCGCGUGGUGCAGGGCAAGCAUCAGUCGUACGCCAUCUGCGCCGCCAGCGCCGGCGAGAGAGACUCCUGGAUCGACGCCAUCAGGGCGAGCAUCACCAAGGACCCCUUCUACGACCUGGUCUCCCAGCGCAAGAAGAAGCUCAUCAAACAGAACCAGGAACCGCAGGACUGAACUGGACUCGAGUCAAUGGAACGUGCGCACUGGCGGACAUUUUGGAUCGAACCGCUUGCGCUUGUGUACCAGGUGAUUGUGUGUGUGUGUGUUUAUAUGUGUAUGUAUUUAUCAAUAUAAAGGUUUAGUGUUUUUUGUGACAAAUGAAAGUGCAUCUAUAAGGGCCCUCUUUGAGGUGUUUGAACUAUUCAUCACUCACAAACAACAAAGCGUGUGACGAAAAAGUGGUUAGGACUGCACGACUGUCCGUGUUUUAUGUUAUGUCUUGUGUGUUGUGUUUACACAACGGUAUCUCUGACAGCGUCAAUCACAACUGAGCAUAAAAGAUCCUGUCAGGGGAAUGCAAAUGUUUAAAGUGUUUUUGCUGCCCUCAAGUGGCCAGAGACGGUGUCAAUCACAACUGAGCAUAAAAGGUCCUGUCAGGGGAAUGCAAAUGUUUUAAGUGUUUCUGCUGCCCUCAAGUGGCCCGAGUAAAAAUCGUAAAAUAUAUUUUAAUUUUUUAAACAAUUGAUUCACAAUUAAAUUUAUUAUUAUAUUUUUUUGCUUGCGUUUCUUCCUAUAAUAAAAAAUUACCAGUAUUUUUAUUCAACAUUUGAGAAAAAAAUAUAUAAAAACAAAUAUGUAUUUUCAUGCAAGAGAAAAAAAUAGGAAAAAUAUAUAACUACUUUGUUUUUUCAUUUUUUUUUCUGAAAGUACUAACAAAAGGCAAAAAUACGGCAAUAUUUUGCAAUUCUCCAAUAGCAAAAUGACAUUUUAAUUCAUUUAAACCCCGCAACAUAAAAGGGACUACGACCUUCCUGGAAAUUGCACUUCAUUCACCAAACAAACGUGGACAAAACACCUCCAAGAUCCUCAUGACGAACAAACAUGAAAUCAAUACUGUCCAAGUUAUUUUAUUUUUCUACAACAAUGAAGAAGGCACUCUUGUUUUUAUGGCCACUAUUGGUCAGCUGUUCCGCGAGCGCGCUACUUCCUGUUAGCCGCAGGAUGUCCAAGACGCAUGCGAACAAAAGUGAAUUUAGUGCUUGUAAACCGUUUCAAAUAUACUUGAGGGGAGAAAAAAAAAAUCUUUGUCCAAGACGAGAGCUCAGGACACUUUGCAGACUUGCUUAGAUCGAUGGUGACUCUUCAUGCCUGUGUGGGUGGGGGGAAAGAAAAGGAAAAAAAAAAAUCACGACUGAAAUACGGUCGCAGAAUUAUCGAAACGUGGAACAUGAACAAGAAUCCCAACAUGCUGAAAGGGAGUCAGCAAACGCCUGCCACCAUUUUGAGGAACCCAAAUAAAGUUCAGCUGUUCCAGCUGACCGACCAACUAAGUUAAUUUGUGCAGGCUCAUUAGCUUACCGUUUUGUUUUUUUUAAAACUUGGGCUCUCAAAAGGAUUUGGUUUUUCCUUCUUCAAUUGAGUUGUCAUGCCCCAAGAUGGCUGAUCUUCAUUUUUUUUUUUGGGG